CGCGCAUUGGUCAAAAUCUAGUUGAUUCAAGCCCAUACCAAGACCCUAGUGGGAAGCCAUGUCGAUUCCCGCCUCCAGCAGCUUCAAUUUCUCGAAGCUUUUCAGCCCCCGAAAAAACCUCCAUCUUCUUUCCCAGCAAUGCCCAGUUCCACACCAUAUUCUCCAAUUCCACGUCUUCGGUUGCAGCUCCAAAUCCCCCGACUUUGUACCCUUAAACCUUUCCUUCCGGAAUACUGGACGAGUUCAGAGAUUCAAAUGUACUGCUGGAUCGGAGUCCGUACAAGCUUCUCCAACCUUGCCGAGUGGUGGAGAGGAAGAAGCGAAGCUAGAUGACGGUAACAGUGGAGGAAACGGACGAUUUCCCUCCGGAAAUGGCGGCGGCGGUGAAGGAGAAAAUGAGGGUAACGAUGAUGAAGAUGAGUUUGGACCGAUAAUGAAGUUCGAGGACGUUAUGAGGGAGGUUGAGAAGCGCUGCGCUAAUCUGCCCGAUGAUAUGUUGGAGAUUGCAAAGGCUAUGGGGCUUCGCAGGCUCAUUCUUACUCGGUACUUGGAUUUGCAGGCUGCAGCUUGGCCUCUCGGAUUUUUAAUGAGAUAUUGCUCAAUGCUAAGGGAUCGAAUCAGGGAUGGAUUUAGGGGGGGCGCGGGGGGCGACCGCCCCCCUUGGACAUUCAAUUUUUUUUACCAUAUAUAAUCCUGGAUCCGUCCCUGGAUCGAAUGCUAGCGGAUCCUUCUUUUCUAUUCAAAGUUGGAACAGAGAUUGUGAUAGACUCUUGUUGUGCGACUUUUGCUGAAGUUCAAAAAAGAGGAAAGGACUUCUGGGCAGAGUUUGAAUUGUAUGCUGCUGAUCUUUUGGUUGGCAUUGUUGUUGACAUUGCUUUAGUUGGUAUGCUGGCUCCUUAUGUCCGGUUCGGAAAGAAAUCAGUUUCAACUGGAUUGUUUGGACGCCUGCAGCAUGCAUGCGGAUCUCUCCCCAGCAGUGUUUUUGAAGCUGAGAGGCCAGGUUGUAGAUUUUCAUUGCAGCAGCGGGUUGCCACCUACUUUUAUAAGGGAGUGUUGUAUGGCUCAGUUGGAUUCGUGUGCGGCCUCAUUGGUCAAGGAAUAGCAAAUGUGAUUAUGAACGCUAAGAGGAGUAUCAAGAAGUCUGAAGAUGAUAUACCCGUUCCUCCUUUAGUGAAAAGUGCUGCACUGUGGGGUGUUUUCCUCGCGAUAUCUUCCAACACUCGUUACCAAAUCAUAAAUGGAUUGGAACAUGUUGUGGAAGCAUCACCAAUGGCAAAACGGAUUCCGCCUGUUGCGUUGGGCUUCACGGUUGGCAUAAGAUUUGCCAAUAACAUAUAUGGUGGGAUGCAGUUUGUAGAUUGGGCCAAGUUGAGUGGUGUGCAAUAGUGCGUCCGAUUUCUUUGAUAGUAUUACCAUUCUUUCUUAUUUUACGAUUUUAGUUGUUGAUUUGAGACUUGGUUAAGAUCGAGUGCAAUGUCAUCAUCUCUUCUUUCUUCCUAUUUAAUUCUGGAUUUGUGGAUAAAUUGUGUUCUAUGAGAUUGUUGAGUUUAAGAAUUAUGAGGUAUUUCCAUAUUGUUCUUGU